AUUAAUUUAAGAUGAUUUUUCUAGUUGAUUGCAUAUUUGUUUGAAAACCGAAUAUUUAGGAUUUCCGUUUAUACAUCUUUUGUUCAAAAUGUUUACGACUGCGGCCAGAUUAUAUUACAGGCGCUAGAAUAAAGCUUUAUAUAACAGAAUUGAGAUUUAACAAGGAUUGUGAUAACUUCUUAAGAGUUGAAAGCUGUAAAGUUUUAAACAUAAAUUAUUAUUUUGAAUGGGUGCUUGUAGGUACAUAUAAUAGCGUGUUUUAUGUUCGCUUUGUCCUACUGCUUAAAUCUUAACAACCCGCGCUGAUUGUUAAAUUAUUUGAAUGGUCGAUCGGAGUGAUAGAAAAAUAGUUUUUUAACUAGGUUUUAAUUAUUUUUGGAGGUAGUUUAGUAGGCCACCGUCUUUUAUAAAAAUGGUAUGAUUCGAUAAUUAAAAAAGUGAACGGAUAUAUAUCUAAAUAUUGAUAUGUUGAAAAUUUGUCGGACAUAUUGACAAGUGUCGGUGAAUUCAAACAAUUUAAAGUUUAUGAAGAGGUUAACAGUUUAGUUACUACACAGGAUCUGAAAUAAAAAAAAUAUAGCUGCGUGGAUUUGAAACUAUGAUGGGAACUAAUUCAGACCCAGACAAAUCUUUUAUUAUUGUCAAAUAUGGAGAUAAUGAGGAAGCGAUAUUUAACCCCUGGUGUUCUAGUUAUACAUUAAUGGAGUGGAUACGGAAGAAAUGUAACUGCGAUGAUGACAUUGUAAUAGAUCUGGUAGACAUGGAUGGCCAGGUAACGAACCUGCCUGGAAGGACCAAAGAAUACGCGACUGAAGUCGUUACAGCAAGAGGCAUUUAUAUACUUAUUCGGGUUGAAAGGCUUCCUGACAACGGACAGUUUCAUUAUACUGCACUUUUAAAUAACUUGGAGGAAAGCAAUCCCGAAUUAAUGGUAAAACUCAACAGUAUGUCGCGUCCAACUACUCGAGCCAAAAAUAUCAAACAAAAGGGAGUCAAGAAAACCCAACCACAAAAACUACGUCAAGAAUCUGCAAACAAAAGACCAUCCAGCAGUGAAAGAAAGAAAAAUAAGUGAUAGGGAGAAAAAUAUCAUUUCAUUGUUUAAUUGUGUUGAUUGAUUGGUGGGGUUAAUAUACCCAAAUAUCUAAAUGAAUGGUUAUAUGAACAGGAAUAGAACACGUUUCGUAUAAACAUGCAUUCUCCUCUUGCUGCACGCCAAAUGCGUUCACGAAUGAUAUAUGAAUCAUAUUUCUAACAGCGAGGUUUCAUUAUCAUCAAAUUCAUUUUAGAUCAACGUUAUAUAUCUAUAUUUUGUAUAUCUGUCGACUGACAUGCGUUUGGGAAUAUGUAUUGAUAUCUUAUGAUCUGAAGGUGUUGAAUGAUUUAUUGAUUUAUAAUAGAUCUAGCGUGAUUUAUUCAAAAACAGUUUUACGCUUAAGGUUCUGUUCAAUUUAUACAUUACAUAUAAUUAUGCUAUACUUUGAUAUAGGGCUUUGAUUUGUUAUUCUAUUGAAAGGGUAUGCUUUCGUAUAGAUUCCUUUUGAAUAAACUUUACUUAAUACCAAAUUUUGACCAACAGAAUCUGCUGUGAUCAUUUUUGAGGGUCGCAGUUAACAGGACAGACAUCAAAUAUAUCAGUUUUGACAAACAUUAUAUACACUUGUUAUUGAAUAGUUUGGUGUUCAUAAAAUGAUAUUGUAUGGAAA